AAUUGCAGAAAGUCCAGGAAGGCCCGGACCCUUGUUCACCAGAACAUCCUGGCGUCGCUCGCACAAGCCAGCCAACUAACUGCCCCGCAAAUUUUCUUAGUGACCCAUUGGCACGUUUCCCCUCCUCAACAUUUCUGAGCAAGGGAAGCCACGCACCCUCCAUCAUCUUCUGAAAUUUUACAAACUCUUCCAUCAUUCCCAACCCCAGAUCUGCUUCUGGUCUCGACGCAAAUCCUCCCAGAACCCCCGGAAACCAUCUCUUUCAUUGCAAGAACAACAGUCGCCAUGGCUGAGCCCAUCAAGAGCAAGCGGCCCGACCCCGCUGUCGCUCCUACUCCCCAGAACACCCCGGCGAACACCGCGCCUAUCUCAUCGCAUGCCCAACAGCCUGGCAUUUCCAGCAUCAAAGAAGAGGACCUGGAUCGCGCUGCGGCUGCCUCCAUCUUCGCAAAGGACCCACGCCUUGUGUCUCUCAUUCAAGGGAAGCUCGGUUCUCUUGUCGGCCGGUCGUCUGGCUACAUUGAGUCGCUCCCCACUGAGGUCAAGCGCCGCGUUGCUGGCCUGAAGGGCAUCCAGAAGGAGCACUCCAAGCUUGAGGCCGAGUUCCAGGAGGAGGUCCUCCAACUUGAGAAGAAGUACUUCGCCAAGUUCACGCCUCUGUAUGAGCAGCGUUCUGCCAUCGUGAACGGCAAGACCGAGCCCACCGAGGACCAGGUCAAGGCUGGUGAGGAGGAUGACGAGGAUGCUGAGGGCGCGGAGGGCGCCGACACCAAGGAGGAGAAGCCUGCCGAGGGCGCCACCAAGGUGUCGGGUAUUCCCGAGUUCUGGCUCUCGGCCAUGAAGAAUCAGGUUUCCUUGGCCGAGAUGAUCACUGAUCGGGAUGAGGGUGCCCUCAAGUCGCUGGUCGACAUCCGUAUGGAAUAUCUCGACAAGCCCGGCUUCCGUCUCAUCUUCGAGUUCGCUGAGAACGAAUACUUCACCAAUAAGACCAUAACCAAGACAUACUACUACCAGAAUGAGAGCGGCUAUGGUGGCGACUUCAUCUACGAUCAUGCCGAAGGCGACAAGAUUGACUGGAAGCCUGGUAAGGACCUCACUGUCCGGAUUGAGCAGAAGAAGCAGCGCAACAAGACAACCAAGCAAACUCGCAUCGUCAAGAAGACAGUCCCCACUGAAUCCUUCUUCAACUUCUUCUCGCCUCCCAAGGCCCCGAGCGAUGACGAUGACGAUGCCGCCUCUGACAUUGAGGAGCGGCUCGAGCUUGAUUACCAGCUGGGUGAGGACAUCAAGGAGAAGCUGAUCCCCCGGGCUAUCGACUGGUUCACUGGGGAAGCCCUCGCGUUCGAGGAGAUUGACGAGGAUGAUUUGGCGGAUUUUGAUGAGGAAGACGACGAGGAUGACGAGGAUAUCAGCGAUGAUCAAGAUGAUGAGGACGAGUCCGAGGAGGAAGAGGAGGAUGGUUCCAAGCCGAAGCAGGAGCCUACGGAGUGCAAGCAGAGUUAGAAAGCACCUUCUCCACCACCUCGACUCUACAUUCUUCUUAAUCACAGCAUUUGAUCCCUCCGGUCCGUUAGUCGGGUCCGAUUACACAUAAUCCCCCCAUUGCACAGCAAUCCG